UGUUAUAAGUGGCUUCUUGGAAAGAAAGAACAGACGGAACAACAAGAAUGGCAGAAGUCGCUCCCCCUCCCGCCGCCCCCCCGGCUCCUACCCCGGCCAAGGCACCCAAGAAAAAAGUCGCAAGUAAGCCAAAAAAAACAGGUCCUAGCGUGGGAGAAUUAAUUGUGAAGGCCGUGUCCGCUUCUAAAGAGAGGAGUGGGGUGUCUCUUGCCGCCCUGAAGAAAGCUCUGGCGGCCGGCGGCUACGAUGUGGAGAAGAACAAUUCCCGCGUCAAGCUGGCAGUGAAGAGCCUGGUGACCAAGGGGACCUUGUUGCAAACCAAGGGCACGGGCGCCUCUGGUUCUUUUAAGCUCAAUAAAAAGCAGGUAAAAGUGGCAAAAAAGAAGCCCGCCAAGAAAUCGGCUCCUAAAGCAAAGAAGCCCGUCGCCAAGAAACCCGCCGCUGCCAAAAAGCCCAAGAAGGCAGCGGCAAAGAAGCCCGCGGCUGUUAAGAAGUCACCCAAGAAGGAGAAAAAGGCUGCUAUCCCAAGAAAAGCAGUGAAGAGUCCUAAGAAAGCCAAGAAACCUGCUGCAGCCAAGAAGGCCCCCAAAAGUCCCAAGAAAGCCAAAACAAAGGUGGCAAAGCCCAAGGCAGCGAAGCCCAAGGCAGCGAAGCCCAAGGCCGCUAAGGCCAAGGCCGUCAAAGUUAAGAAAUCGGCACCGAAAAAGAAGUAA